AUAUUUAAGCUCUCAGGGCUUUUUAGAAAAACACAAAGCGAUCUAAUUACAGUAGGAGCGUGGCAUACGUGGGGAAAAAUACGACGACCACGUACCGCGUUUACCAGCGAACAACUUAUCCAAUUGGAACGUCAAUUCAACGAGAAUAAAUACCUCAGUAGACCAAGACGCUACCAACUCGCACAAGAACUCUGUCUCACUGAGACCCAGGUGAGUACGUUCGCUUCCUCGCACUAA